AUGGCUUCAAUUGAUAUUCCAUUCUUUCAUGGAUCUAAAGAUCGUAAUGUAUAUGCUAAUCCGGAUGUUUAUACUAGUGCUGGAGUUGUUGCCACCACAUAUUCACGAUUUAAAACAAGCUUUUGGAUUGAUAGGAUUUUACUCAUUUUGACUGUAUGUAUCCCUCUUAUUCAAGCAUUUGUUCUCUUAUUAUUGCAUGCUCUUCUGGGCGUUACUCGUUGUCUUCCAGAUACAAAAGAAAAUAAACUUGAUUAUUACACAAUCACAAAUACAUUCAUAGAUCGUGCAUGUGGUCUACAACUGACUACGGAAGUACUACAAGGAACAGUUAAACCAUUACCAAAUUCUUUUAAAUCUUCAAGUCAAUUUCAUUCUGAAUCAGAAGUAACUAAUAAAGAAAUAAGCACUAUUCGUCUACAGCAUGAAUGUUAUCCAUUUGUUUUAAUUAUAUAUGCAAUAGCAAUGUGGAUACCUCAUUACUUAUAUCAUCGCUCUACAGAUCGAACUGCUAGACGUGAUUUAUGCUUAGUACGUGCUGAAUUGCAUAGUUUUAGAAGAGCUGUUACACAAGAACUUGCUUAUUUACAAACACUUGCAACCGCAUCAACUGAUGUUGGUGCACCGACUGGAACUUUUUUAUCACCUGCAUCAACUAUUCCAACAGGUCCUAUAAUACAUCAAAAUGGUUUAUAUUAUCCUCAUACUGGUAUAGGAUAUAGUGGACAAAAUGAUGGAACUAGUGGACGUACAACUGCUGCAACAUUCGGUGGUGGAUCAGCUCUAUCACAAACAACUGCACCAACUGUAAUUCAUGCACAACAACAAUCUGCAACAAUUGGUACAAUUAGAGGGGGUGGUGGUGGUAUUAUUGACAGUCCAACACUUUCACCAGCUUUACCAAUAAGUUUUGGUGAUGCUGAUUUAUCAGCUCCAGGUUUAUUAGAUUUACCAUGUUUUCAUGCAUGUCAUGCAGAUUGGUCAUUGAAUACAUAUUUAGCUGCAUGGCAAAAUACCGAUUUCUAUUGGUCAAGAUAUCUAACUAAACAUAUAGUAUUAUUAGUAUUUCAUGGAUGUACUAUAUUAUUUACUUUUAUUAUAAUAGGUAUUUAUAAAGGUACACCAUUUGCACCAUUGUUUCUAUGUCAAAUUAAUGAAAAUCAACCACCACCUAAAUUAUUUAUAUGUAUGUUACAAACAACCUUUAUUGUAAAUAUGUCUAUAUUAAGUAUAGGCUUUUUAAAUUUAACUGGAUUAAUUUUACAAAUGAUAUAUUUCUAUGAAAAUUUUAUUCAUAUAUUUUGGUUAUUUAAUACAAAUGGUAAUUAUAUGGGUGUAACAACAAAACCGAAUAUUUUUUUAACUGGUGUUGAUGAAAGUCGUCGAUGUUUUUUUGCGGAUUAUAUACGUUUAUUAGCUUAUACAGCAUUCAAAGAUACACAUUGUGAAAUACGUACAUUAACUGUUAGUUAUUCCCCAUAUUUAUAUUGUUCAGAUUUUCAUUUUCUUUCAUUAUUAUGUAAUGAAAAUGCUUAUUUAUUUUCAGAUUCUAUACAUAUACAUUAUUGGACUGAACGUUAUGCACGUUUAUGUUGUAAACGUUUUCAUCGACCAUAUUGGGCUAUUCGACGUGGUAGUUUAGGACAUUUAGUACGUUGUGAAGAUUUAUCAAUGAAAUUUAAUUUUAGUAAAAUUAAAAUUCGUGUUGAAGUUAAUGAUUUUGGUUUUUGA